AUCUCAAGCACGACAAAGAAGAAGACGACCCGCCCUCUCGAUACCAUCUAGGCGACCGUUUCAAUUGUUUAUAACGUGUGGUAGAGGGUUCUAGGCUGCGAGCGCAAUUCUACAAGACAAGACUCGUAUCUUCAUUUGUUUGAAUAGGCGACUGGAAUUGUGUAUGUGCGCAUAAGUCCCUGUUGAGUCAGUGUCCAUCCCUUCGUUCAAUGGCAUCAAAUGGCUACAACUACGGGCAUCAACGGCCCCCAUACGGUCGACCUGAUCCGCGGGAUCAUCGAACACCAGGGUCACCAGUAGGUAGACGUGACGAGCGUCCGCAAAGUUCAUCGAGUGGGAACGCGGGGUUUAACACGUUCUUUCCGCAGGCGCAAAGACCGCCGACUGCGACUGCGACUGCGACUGCGUCCGGGAGAUCACCAAGCGUGGUGGCGAAACCACCCAGUGCAAGAACACCUCAGACUAGCAGUUCAUCCUCGAUAAGACCUCAGCAGCAGAUGAAUGGAGCACCAACAGCACCGAGGCAGCCGAGUUCGAUGGCUGCGGCGAACGGUGUGCCUGCGAGACAGCCGCCGCCGCCUACAGCGCCUGCGCCGCAACAUAACUUCGAUAAGGUGAUCGCGGAACGGGAGGAAAGUAUCAAGGCUGCUUGGACGAAAUUGGUUGGUCGGAAUAACAAGAAGAUCGCCUAUGACCCAGAAACACUCCCUAAAGCCACGAAACCCGAGAAAGGCCGGAAGGCGGACUAUGCGCGGACGCCUGUUAUAGGACCACCGAAUGCGAAAGGAAUGGUUGCGAAGGAUCCGAGGUUGGAGGGGAAGAAAGGUAGGGAGGCGAGUAAAGGACGGAAGACGUGGAGGAGUGAGCUGAGGAGAUGUGUAUGGGCCUGGGACGCGAACUCGACAACGAAAGCCCCACCAUGUCAGGUUGUUGUCUCGGGGCUGGACGAGUUAACCGUCGACACCACCAUCGGACUCCUCUUCAAAACUUUCGGCGAUAUCCGCGAUUGUCGAGUCGAAGUCGAUCCCGCCACAGGCGCCUCCCUCGGUUUGUGUCGGGUCAAGUUUAAGGAAAAGAAGGCGAAUGAAGGGUAUGAGAGCGCGAGGAAGGCUGUGGAUGCGGCGGUGAAGGAGGGAAUUGUGGUUGAUAAGAGGAGGGUUGGAGUUGAGUUUGAUGGGGAUGGGGGCAAGAUUAAGAGGAUGGCUGAGAAGAUACUGGAAAAGAGGAGGGCGAAGAUGGCGGCUGCGGCCCCUGCACCUGCCCCUGUACCGAAACCUCCAGUUAAGGUUGAGAAGGCAUCUACGGUGGAGGAGAAGGCGAUACCGAAGCCUGCUGCACUUGGAGUCGGGGCAAGGGAUAGUUCACGUACGAUGGGAAGCUCGACGCGUGAGGCUUCGCCGUCGGGGAGGGAGAGUAUGGCUGCGCCCCCGAAGCCGACUGUGAGUACACGUGAUCGGGAGAGGGAUAGGCGGGAGGACAGUCGACGGCCUGAUGAGCGACGAGGGGAAGAUGAUCGGAGAAGGGAUGAGCGGAGUAUGUCUCGAGAGCCGUACCCUCGUGACCCUGGCUAUAAUCGGAGGGGAAGCAGAGAUGACCGUAGUGUGAGUCGGGAUCCAUAUCCGCGAGACUCGAGGGAUUCGAGGGAUAUGAGGAGGGAUGGUUACAGAGACAGGAGACGAAGUCCGGCGAGGGGUGGGAGGAGUCGAAGUCGGAGUCGGAGUCGGAGUCGAGAUCGCGAUCGUCGUCGGGAUCCGAGAGACUAUAGGAGGAGAAGUCCCAGUUGGGAUAGGGAUAGGAGAAGACGGAGUCCUAGCUGGGAUGGUCGGCGGCGGAGGAGUCCAUCACGGGAUCGGGAUCGGGAUAGGAGGAGCUCUCCGCCUAGACGAAGAGAAAGUCCACCUAGGCGGACUGCUCCUGUUCGAGUUCCUGCGCUUGAGGAGAUGCGGAGACGGAUUGAUCGUCGUCCCUUCGUGUAUAUCCCUGAUACUUCCUUGCCCCCUGGUAAGGUCCAUCAAACUGACAUGCGCAUGAUUCUCAAUAAGGCGUCGUGUAAGUGGCGGGACGUCAUGGUUGACAGGUACGGCUUUUACAUCGUCUUUGAUGGCUUACAGUGGGCGAAGGAAUGUGUGCAGAAGCUCAACGGUGCGGUAUGUGUCAAGUAUACCAUGAAGAUGGAGUUGUAUGAUCAGUAUGGUGAUCGAAUCCGUGUUGAGGAACCGAAGCCGAAGCCGGUCGAAAAGGAUCCGGUCAAGGAGGCGACGGAGGCGGUCUUGAAGGAGCUUGUGGGCCAUUUGCAGAGGGAUAUUAAGAGUAGAGUUGUUGGGCCUGCGUUGCUUGAGACGCUCCGGAUGAAGCAGGAUGCGAAGGCGAAGGAGAGGAAAAAUGCGCAGAAUGGGACGCCAGCACCAAAGGCUUCGGGGGUGGAGAGGGUUAAGCAGGAUGACCGCGGUUCGGAGAGUCCUAGUGUUGAUUUCAGCGUGCCGUCCUUGGGUGCGAAGCUACCGGCACUGCCGAGUUUCAGGAAGAAGGACGGCGCGAAAGCUUCGGCGGCGAAGAAGGGGAAACCGGUCUUGAGCGCGAAGAGGAGGCUGCAGAAGCAUGAGGCGAUGCCGAUGCACCAUGCGCUUAAUCUUGAUGACUCUGAUGAGGAUGAUGACGCCACGCCGCGCACGAAGCCUGCCUGGUCGAGCGAGAGUAGCGAGAGUGAGAGUGAGCGAGAUGAGGAGGUGCCGGUGCAGGCGCCGCCGCCGAAACCGAAGAAGAAGGUGUUGACGAAGAGGAAAGAGAAGGUCGAUGUUGGGUUUUCCUCGGAUGAGGAUGAGGAGGAGGAGACCCCCAGGCCCGCGUCGCAGACCAAGGAGAAGGAGUCUUCAGCGACGAGUCGUGCGCCGAGCGUUGCGCCCGCGGAGAAGGACGAGGAUGUUAAGAUGGAGGAUAUCAUUCCCGAGGCAGCGGUUGGUGUGUCGACUAAGCGCGGAAGGGAUAUUGCUUUCACCAGCAGUGAAGAGGAGGAGUCCGAUGAAGAGGUGAUAUCUAAGGAACAAGAGGUUGAAGAGGCGCUUGCUUCAGUUCCGCUACCAGCCGAUGAGGAAGCUUCGGACUUUGAAGCAGCACCAAAGGCGAAGCCGAAGGCAAAGAAAGCCAAGAAAGCUGCGCCGGCGAAGAAAGCCAUGAAGAAGGGUGGCAAGGUCGCUAAGCGUGCUCCUUCGCCUGCUUUGGACUUUGAGGCUGCUAUGAGGAGUGAACCGGAGCCUGAGUCCGAACCCGAACCUGAACCCGCGCCGGAGAAGGAGGUCGAGAAGGAAGGGCUUCCGGCGCCCGAUGAGCAGUAUGCUGAUGACAACGUCUUGCUUGAUCUUGAUGGUGUGCAGAGUAUCGUCCGUGAUGCCGAAGACUUCGACCUCCUUAAGGAGGCGCUUGCUGACGUUACACCGGCCGACAUCGGGUCUGCACCCAAAUGGGCAUGGUACCAGAAGGAGAUCAAGCGGAUGAACCAAGACGGUGCCAAGGGUGUUCUACCAGCUCUGAAGGAAGAAGGGUAUUCCAAGGAGAACCCAGCAGGCUGCGCCAGGUCCGAGCCCUUCAAGCGUAUUCCUGACGCCGAGAAAGCACUGUACCUGCCCAACCGUAACCGUGCCAUCGUUCACACUGGCGAUGAAGAUCAUAGCGCAAAGACAACGUCGCAGAACAACUCGCGUUCCGCCCGUGCGAAUAAUCGUCGUGCUGGAAUUGGUAUGGCGUUUACUGGUGUUGGUGAAAGUGAUGUCCUCCGUUUCAACCAGCUGAAGGGUCGAAAGAAGCUGCUCAAGUUUGCGAGAUCGCCGAUUCACGAUUGGGGAUUGUUUGCGAUGGAGCGGAUUGAGGCUAAUGACAUGGUUAUCGAAUACGUUGGUGAAGUCAUUCGACAAGCCGUUGCGGAUGCCAGGGAGAAGAGAUACGAACGCCAAGGUAUCGGUAGUUCCUACCUUUUCCGAAUCGACGAGGAGACGGUUGUCGACGCUACUAAAAUUGGUGGCAUUGCCCGUUUCAUCAAUCAUGCUUGUGAUCCCAGCUGUACGGCGAAGAUCAUCACUGUCAAUGGGCAGAAGAAGAUCGUCAUUUAUGCACAAAGGAGAAUCGAGGAGGGUGAGGAGUUGACGUAUGAUUAUAAGUUUCCACGUGAAGAGGUCAAGAUUUCUUGUUUCUGUGGGAGUGCGAACUGCAAGGGAACGCUCAAUUAGUGUUGGUGCAAGUCUUAUGGCAUUUGUAGCUGGUCAUUUGGGAGUUUUCAUAUAUCAUAUAAGGUGGGCUUUCUUUACUUGUCUGGGAGAUCUAAGAUGGAUCUAGGAGUUUUGUUUCAGGGUCGUGAAUUUU